CAGAAAGAUGGCGGCCGCUCCGGAAGACUGUGGUGUUGGGGCCGAAGCGGACCGGGAAUUGGAGGAGCUUCUGGAAAGUGCUCUUGAUGAUUUCGAUAAAGCCAAACCCUCCCCAGCACCCCCUCCUACCACCACGGCCCCCGAUGCUUCAGGGCCCCAGAAGAGAUCGCCAGGAGACACUGCCAAAGAUGCCCUCUUCGCCUCCCAAGAGAAGUUUUUCCAGGAACUAUUCGACAGCGAGCUGGCUUCUCAAGCCACUGCAGAGUUCGAGAAGGCAAUGAAGGAGUUGGCUGAGGAAGAGCCCCACCUGGUGGAGCAGUUCCAAAAGCUCUCAGAGGCUGCUGGAAGAGUGGGCAGUGAUGCAACUUCCCAACAAGAAUUUACUUCUUGUCUAAAGGAGACAUUAAGUGGCCUAGCCAAAAAUGCCACUGAUCUUCAGAACUCGGGCAUGUCGGAAGAGGAGCUGACCAAGGCCAUGGAGGGUCUGGGCAUGGAUGAAGGGGAUGGGGAAGGGAACAUCCUCCCCAUCAUGCAGAGUAUUAUGCAAAACCUACUAUCCAAGGAUGUGUUGUACCCAUCACUGAAGGAGAUCACAGAAAAGUAUCCAGAGUGGUUGCAGAGUCACCAGGAAUCUCUGCCUCCUGAGCAGUUUGAAAAAUAUCAGGAACAGCACAGUGUCAUGGGAAAAAUAUGUGAACAAUUUGAGGCAGAGACACCUACAGACAGUGAGGCCACUCAAAAGGCCCGUUUUGAGACGGUGCUAGAUCUUAUGCAGCAGCUACAGGAUUUGGGUCAUCCUCCAAAAGAACUGGCUGGGGAGAUGCCUCCUGGCCUCAACUUUGACUUGGAUGCCCUCAAUCUCUCAGGCCCACCAGGUGCCAGUGGUGAACAGUGUCUGAUCAUGUGAGACAAACAUGUUUUCCUCCCUGAGUCCCAGCCAUGGGAAACAUCUGGAGUCAACAGAACCAUUGGGAACCGAGAGAGACAGGAGUGUCAUCUGCAGGAGCGGUUUGCCCACAGCCCUCCAUAGUCCCAUUCAAGAUUGUGCCAUACUGGCUGAGGCUUUUCCUCUGACUUUCUAGGAGUAGGAUCUGUUUCACAGGCCAUUUCUGUGAGCCCUGCUCGUGGUUUCUGCUGCUAGUAAAGACCCAUCUACAAGCCAGGUGAAGGAAGGUACCCCUUUGGGGGAAGCACCUUCUUCCCUCUCCCAAAAUAACGUUAUACAUGUCCACAUUGAUGUUCACUUUUACUUCCAGGGUCUUCGUGCCUUGUCUCUACUCCUUCUCUUGGAUCUGGGGAGUAGGGGCAGAGUCCUGGGACUCUAUUUCUACACUUCUCUUGGACAGGGACUUUGGGAAUGGGGAGAAACUUAGCCUCAGCCAGAACUGUAGAUCUGUCCCUUGCUCUCUUACCUUUAGACAGACCAUUCUGAAUUCUCUGAAGGGAAAGGGCCUUAGUAUCUAUUACAGUAGGGUUGGAAGAGAAACCUUUUCCUCCCUCUAGGUGCUGAGUCCUCAACUUCCUGUUCCAGCCUGAGAACUUCAGUUGCUAUCCUGGUUCUUUCUACAAUGCUGUAUGAUCCGGAUAAACCCAGCCCCUGACUUGACUUUGCCUCCUGCCUGUCCUCUUAUCUCCUUUUUAAAAUACCCUUCAUUCCAACCCUUYUUAGCCCACACUAAGAAAAAGAAGGGCCCUUCCCAUUCCCCCUCAUUUGGUUCAUCCACCAUUUUGACUGAUUCCUUCCCUCUCUGGCAAACACAUAGUAGUAAUGUCAGGUGUGGYAAAUGAAUGGCUAUUCUACCCAGAUAUAUUCUGGCUUAUUUGAAUCAUCUGAUUCCUUUAGAAUCCUUGGUUCACGAAGGUGCUUAGGAAAGAAGAAGGGGUGCAGCCUAGGUCCUUUUCCUGCAACCUCGUGGGGCAGUGUCUAAUAAAUAUUCUGAGUGAGGAGUGU